AUGCCUCCAUGGGCAGCAUCGCUCGUGCUGCUGCUGCUGCUCAUCCUCCUCCAUGGGAGAGGAGGCCAUGGCAUCAACCUGGACAUGGGGGCGGAGGUGCAGAUGGACUCGGUGGCUCACCGGAUGCUGCUGUCGGCGGCGAGCAGGGGGUACAUCAGCUACGACGCGCUGAGGGGAGACGCGGUGCCGUGCUCAAGGCCCGGGGUGCCCUACUACAACUGCAGGAUCAGCAAGACCGCCAACCCGUACACCAGGGGCUGCGAGAGCAUCACCAUGUGCAGGGAUGCGGAAGGUAAUUGAUUAGCAAGCUGCUGGAUCGAGUGGCUUCUUUGGAUUGUACUUCUAGUCUUUUUUUUUUUUGGUAUUUUGCUGGAUCAGUAAGUGUGGUAAAGCUUUAUGGAUGAAUUUUACAUGCUUAAGGAUCCCCACCUCGCUUUUUUUUAACAUCGUGUGGAGGUGAACAUAUGUGUCAAUGCAUUAUGUAUGUAACGAGAUUGGGUUCCAACUUUCAAGUUAUAUGUAGAUCCUUGGACUGUGUCUGGGUGAGGUGCCACUGUUGAUGAAACAAUGCCAAUUAAUAUUAAAUUAACUGUCAUAAGGGAAGAAA